AUGUGGCCACCCUCGAUACAUGGACUGGAGCAGCAGUCAAAAUUGCUGCAGGCCAAGGAGCUGUCCACGAUCCAACCCAGAUGUCAGCUGCUGAAGUUUCCCAUACUGACAUGGCAGCAUGUGGCACAUCUACUAGUGUCUAACUUUAUAGACCUGACAGAUCCUGAUGAAGAGGAAAUGAUUAUGCUGAUUGAUGAUGACGACCAAGAGAUGGCAGAUAUUCUAGCUGCUCAACAUAACAGCAUGUUAACACUAAAUGAGUUCCAGCCAUCUAACCUUGAAGAGGUCCUGAGGAUUCAUAAAGCAUUAACUUUUGCUGUCCGGCGUAAGCACAUUAUGACUGAUGCGUUCAGACGCCUGCAGCAAAUUCCUGACCCACACAUCUUUAAAACAAAGUCUAUAAAGAUAAUCUUCGUCGGAGAGCCUGCUGUUGAUGAGGGUGGCCCAACUAGAGAAUUUUUCACCGAGGUUUUCAGGUCAAUCAGAAAGUCGUCAUUGAUGACAGACCGUGAUAACCUCAGUCACAACGUGCUGCAUCUCUCUAAACAGCACUACAAGUUAGUUGGGCAGCUAAUAGCACUCUCGAUCAUGAACAGUGGCCCAAAUCCACUUCUGUUCUGCAGGCCAACUGCAGAACAUAUUCUGAAUUCUGGCCAGCUGUCAGAGGAUUUGAGCAUUGAAGAUGUAUCUGAUGCACAGCUCAGAGAACAUUUGCUAAAGAUUGCCAACAUGGAAAAUGAGGAGGAAUUUGUCAAUUAUGUAGAACAGCACCUGGAACGACGCCAUGACAUCGGCUAUUCAAAAGUGUUGUCGCUACAGGACAAAUCUGACUUAUCACUCCAUCUGAUAAAAGAUGACGUGAUUUGUCGCUGCAGUGCAGAACUACAACAGUUGGAUGAAGGGCUAACAUGUUUAGAUGUUUUACCAAUGAUGCGCAGACAUCCAAGCAUGUUCCUGCCUGUAAUGAUGAAGACUACUGAGCCUCUCGCUGCAACAGACAUGGGUCGGCUCUUCACCCCAGUCCACAGUGUGGAAGGGUCAAAUAAGAGAGAGGCAGAGGAGGAGAUCAUGGUUAACUGGUAUAUGCUGUUAGAAGCACUGAAUGAUGGCGCAGUAAACAAUAUGAAAGGGGAUGAGACGAUAACAAUGUCUAUGACAGACCUGCUAAUGUUUGUCACUGGAAUGGAAUCUUUGCCGAUAGAGGGAUUUUCUCCAAGUAAUCCGGAAAUACACUUUGAUCAUGUAACAACACAGAGGAAAAUUACCGCAAACACAUGUGGACUGAUCCUGUCCAUUCCAGUGAAUGCAAAUACUAUAUCAGCUGAACCAUUCCAGCAAGAAAUGCUGGAAGCUGUCGUCAAUGGCCAAGGAUUUGGACAGCCAUAG